AUGUGGAAGACCCCUCUCUCGUACUUGAGCAACGACGAAGAAGACGAAGAAGAAGAAGAAGAAGUCUCCCCAAUCUCCUCUUUCUCAGUCUUCACUCUCCACUUGCUGCUGCUAGCAAAAACCACUUACUACUGCUACCACUACUACUACUACCACUGCUCAGAGUGCUGCUGCCAUUACUACUACCAGUCAGACUGCUGUGGCCAGCACUGCUGCUUGUCCCCGCUGCUUCUGUUGCAGCUGCUGCUGCUGCUGGCCCCGCUGCUGCUGCUGCUGCAGCUGCUGCUGCUGCUGCCUUCACUUGUAGCAGCAGCAUUGCCGAGAGAUGAGCGGCUGAUGCUGCCAGGCCUUACGCCAUUUCCUUGGGCACGAGGAAGUGGGAAAGAGAACAAAGAAUGGGCGGACGGUCGCUGCUCUCUAUUGCUGCUACCUCCUGCUGCUGCUGCUGCUGACGAAGAAGAAGAAAAAGUGGAGGAAUCAACAGCAGCACCGACUAUCGCAGGGCAGCACAUCUGCAGACGCAGCAGAUCGGAUUUGUCUUCUUCGUGGGGGAGAAGCAAAGCGGGACAAGGUUCCUAUAGUCGAAGAAGCAGGUGCUUCAUGCCCCGAUGUAGCAGCAGCAGCAGCAGCAGCGGGAGGAGGGCGCGUCUACGGCAGCAGCACCAGCAGCUCCUGCUGCAACAGGAGCAGCAGCACCCGCUGCUGCAGCUGUGGAUGCAGACAGCGGAGAUGACCGAGCAGGCACUCGGCGUGGCUAAUACCUCCUCCUCCUCCUCCUCAUUAUCGUCAACAAAGGCGUCUAGCACGGAGCUCAACAUUUCCUCAACAGACACGAAAGAAUAG